GCAGACGAGCCGUCGUCUUCUCGCAUGCACAUCGAGAAGCAGCGCUACGAUGGCUGGUAUAACAACCUGGCGCACCAGGACUGGGGAGCUGUUGAAAGCCAACUGGUGCGCAAGGCGCCCUCGUCGUAUGCGGACGGUGUCUACAUGAUCGCCGAGGGGCGGCCGAGCGCGCGCUCCCUGAGUCAGGAACUGUUCAAGGGCGAGGACGGGCUGCCUUCCUCCAGGAACAUCACUGUGCUCUUCGUCUUCUUCGGCCAGGUGAUUUCAUCGGAAAUCUUGAUGGCGAGCGAACCAGGCUGCCCCAUCGAGUUUCACCGCAUUCCUAUCAGCCGCUGUGACGAAAUGUAUGACAGCAAGUGCACGGGCCAGCGGUACAUGCCCUUCCACCGGGCUCACUACGAUGUCAAGACCGGACAGUCACCAAACAACCCCAGGGAACAG